CCUACCCCUAUCCCCACCUCCCCCAACGUUCAUCUCCCCGCCGCCAAGGCUCUCGAUCCCGUCCAACCGCCGACGCUUCCCCUUCUUCUUCACUUGUGUCUCCCCAUCGCUUAAUCGCAGAGAGAGAGAGAGAGAGAGAGAGAGAGAGAGAGAGAGAGAGAGAGAGAGAGAGAGCGUCUGAUCCCCCCAGGCCCUAGGCAGCGAUUCCGCAUCCAGCCAUCCACCCAUGGCGCCUGACACGGGGGCGGCGGCGGCGGCGGCGAUCGACGAGGCGUACGAGUUCUCCGCGCCGAGGUUCUUCGACUUCAUCAACGAAGAGACGGAGGAGGCCGUCCGCGCCGCCGAGAGCUGGUUCGAGGCCGCCCGCAGCCACGCCCCCUCGCCGUUCAACCCCAGGAUCAGGGACUCGAGGGCGGAGGCCAAGGUCGCGGUCCUCUGCGAUUUCGCGGAAACCAAGGAGCCGCCUCUGAAGGAGGAGCUCGCGGAGGAGGAGACGUCGCGUACAUUCUGCGUACUCCUGAACACAUGUAAGAAGAGGCAAAUAAGAAUUAGAGUAAUUAACUGUGCAGGAGGAGGAGACGUCGCCGUCCACGCAUCAGAUUCUACUGUUGGGAGUACGCAGGUGAAGAAGGACCCAUCAUUCGGAUCUGUCACAACUGAGGGCAAUCCUGGUGGGGCGUGUGCCAGUGCUGGGAGCCAGCAGGAGGAGCAAAGUGCUUCAUAUUCCGAGGCAAUGUCAGAAUCACCGCCAGCUCAAGAAGAGAAAGACGACUCGCCCAAAUCUUUCGAGUUCCUCCCUCCUAGAGAUCCCGCGGCAAAAUCAGAUGGUGAUUCUGCCAGCACGCCUAAGCUGCAGAGGCCUCCUCCUCCUCCAACUUCCAUCAAAGUUGCGCCCGCGAUUUCAACAUGUGCGAGAUCCUCACUGAAGACUGAGGCACGCACGCCAAAGACGCAGGGGCUGUGCAAAGCAGGUCCUAUGGGCUCGAUGAGCGUCAAGAGGAGCGUGGUCAAGGGUGGUUAUGAUUUGGGGAUUGGAAAGGCAGCCACUGCUGCUACCGAAAUUGUGCAAGAAAACCAGGCAGUGAAGAGGCAGAAGCUCGAUGAUGGAAGGGUCAGACAGAUACUAAAUGUCAAGACCAGGGUGCUGCCUCACAAGGGGAGAGCUGCAGGAAGUUCUGAAAUGAGGAGGGCGUAUGAGGAUGUGCACUCUGUGAAGGAAGUGACUCCAUAUGUAUCUGCAGCAGAAUUGGUUAAGAAGUUUGAAUCAGGGACCAGAAAACUGAGCAUCGCUAACAACAGAUCUCUUUCUGUUGAGGAUGCAGCAUUACAGGGAAGGCCUAAGCUUGUGUUAACCAGACCGAAGGAACCCGAGCUUCAGACUUCCCACAGAGUCCGAGCAGUCAGAGUGAAGAGCACUGCAGAGUUAGAGGAGGAGAUGCUGGCCAAGAUCCCCAAGUUCAGGGCACGGCCAUUCAACAAAAAGAUAGCUGAAGCUCCAUCAUUCCCUCCCCUUCCAAGGAAAACUCCGCAGGUCCCUGAAUUCAAUGAGUUCCAUCUUAAGACAAUGGAGAGAGCAACACGAUAUGCAGACACCUGUUCUGAAAUUUCGUCCGCAGAUACUGUUCAGAGUCAAAGCAAGACACUAAAAUUGACACAACCCAAGCCACCACAGCUACAUACGGCAAUGCGUGCUCGGCCUCCAAGUGUGAAAAGUUCUCAGGAACUUGAACUAGAAGAACUGGAGAAGGCCCCCAAGUUCAAGGCCAAGCCACUGAACAAAAAGAUUCUUGAGAGCAAGGGAGAGAUUGGUGUGUUUGCCCACCCAAAGCCUCAAGUGACAGCUCCCAAGGAGUUCCAUUUUUCUACCGAUGCUCGCUUGGGCCCUCCUUCAGUUGCCGAUUUAUUCGAUAAGCUCUCUCUUCACUCUGAUUGUUCUUCACAAAGCAACAGGCAAGAUGUGCCCAGAGUCACCAGACCAAACCCUUUCAAUCUUCACACAGAGGAAAGAGGUCAUUUAAAAGAGAUGCAGCUAGAAGCACAGCUCUUACAGAAGAAGAUGGAGGAGGAAAAGGCCAGGGUUCACAAAGCUAACCCAUACCCAUACACCACAGACUAUCCAGUGGUGCCACCGAAACCUGAACCAAAGCCUUGUACAAGACCAGAAGGCUUUCAACUGGAGAGUUUAGUGCGACAUGAACUAGAGCAGCAAAAGCUGAUGGAAGAGAGGGAGAGAAUAGAAUGGGAAGAGGCUCAAAGGAGAAUAGUCAAAGCUCAACCUAUACUGAAAGAGGAUGCUAUCCCGCUUCCAGAGAAAGAGCGGAAGCCUCUCACCGAAGUUCAACAGUUUGCAUUGCAUGUUGAUGAGAGAGCGGUUCAGAGAUCAGAGUUUGAUAAUAUGAUAAAAGAGAAAGAAAAGACUUACAAAAGGCUGAGAGAGGAGAAUGAAUUCGCACAAAAGAUUGAGGAAGAGAAGGCAGUGAAGCAGAUGAGGAGAUCCAUGGUGCCACACGCGCGGCCUCUCCCAAAGUUCGACAGACCGUUCCGACCUCAGAGGUCAACGAAGCAGGUGACCCGUCCGAAGUCCCCGCAGCUUCUGGUGGACGAGCGAGGCGCAAGGAGGCAUGCCUUCAUCAGAUGAUCACCCAUCAUCCCCUCAGGCUCAGUCCGUAGUUGUAGUUGUGUAACUGUACGUCUGUACGACUGUACCUCACUGCUUGUUUUAUUCUUUCCUUGCCGUCGAUCUGCCGAGGUGUAACUGUACGUCUGUACGACUGUAGUCUUGCCAGUCGAGACAGCUGACACAGUAUAUGAUGUUCCUGUAGGGAGGAGGGCCACAUAGGAUCGGCGAUUGCCGUUCGUCUUGUAGAUUGGUGUGUGUGGGUGCUGAGUCUGUGUAUUGUGAUCUCGAUUACCAACUUAUUAUUAUUGAGGUCUCGUCACUGAACUCGCUUA